AUGAGUGAACAAAGCCGUAAACGUAAUGCACCACAGUUUUAUCAACCUAAAGUUGAUAAACGAAAAAAUGAUGGUCCUCCAGAAUCUAUUCAACAUUACCUAAAUAAUGCAUUGAUUGUCACAAAUAAAGAAGCACAGGAAAAGGUAUCAAAACUAUUUCAAAAACUCCAGAAUGAUUAUAAUUUAAAACGAAAAAUAAAUUUUCAUCAUUGUUACAGUAAUGUUGAUGAAAACAUAAUUCUAAAUUACAUAAACCCUUUAAAAAAUGAGAAGUUUAAUGAAAAUUUGAUAAAAGUAAAUUAUUUUCAAUUAAUAAAUGAUUACGCUGAUAAAAUAAAUAUUCAAGGAAUUGAUGAAUCAAAAAAAUUAGAGUACUUUCAAGCUUUACGACUAAAAUCUCAACAAAAAGUUAAAGAAUAUGAGGCAAUUAAGCUUAAUCAUCUUUCACUUCUUGAAAACACCACAAAUCCACAAGAGAAACUCAAACACAUGUCUAUUUUAAAAAAGAUGCAAACUAAAAUUGAUGAGUGUGAUGUUUUUACGAUUGUUAAUUAUUUUAAUCCAUGCUCAAUUAGAUUUUAUAACAAUAAUGAGGAUAUAGAGCUAUAUUCAGAGGUUGAAAGUAAAAUUAAUGUCAAAAUUCAAGAAUUGCUUACAAUAUUUCCGACUGAAUUACAUUAUUUGAGCGAAGAUGAUAAAAAUGAAGACCUGAAUAGAUUGAAACAAUGUUAUGAGAAUUUGUUGCAGGAACAAAUAGAGUUGAAAGAUUCAAUUUCUGAACUUGAAGUUAAGAUUGUAAAUGUUGAAAAUAAGCAAGAAUUAGAAAAGACUAAAAAAAUAUUGGUAAAGCUACAAGACAAUUUAAAAAUAGUCAAUGAGGAAAUAGAGUCUUAUAACAAUGAAAAUAAACAUUGGGAUGUUCUUAAUAAACCUUAUUGUGGUGUAAUAAAUUCAAUAAAGACUUCAUUCAAUGGAUAUUCAAAAUUAAAGCCAACCAUAUUUGUGUUAGCUGUAAGAGAUCAUAAAACGUAUGAAUCAAGUAUUACCAAGAAAUAUUAUCAUAACAUAUUAAAUAGUAAUAAUUGGUUAAAAAUUCGUGCGAUUAUAGACACAUCAAAAAGAAACAAACAAGAAAUUAUACAAAAAAAUAUUGAGACUAAACAACGCCUUGAUUUCUACAAAGAAAAGCCAUGGCAUUUAGUGUGUGUUAUCACAUAUAGAGACUUAAUAUUUAUUGUUGAUGGUUUAUUUGAUGGAUUUUUAAACAAUCUGGAUAACAAAAAUACUCAGCAUGCUUUAAGUGCCAUUCCUUGUAGUGCUUCCAUAAUUAAAUUAUUGGAAAAGUGUGGAUAUAAAAAUAAACAAGUAAACGGUAAUGCUGCAAAAAAUUCAUCAUAUAUUUAUUCAUCUGGCACUAGAACAACAUCUGUUCUCAUUCCAGAUUUUAGUCAAUUUAAUGAGCAAUUACGAGAAGAAGCAAUAAAAUUAAAUAUCAAUCCAGUAAAAUAUAUUAAGGAUGAGAAAGAAAAGUUAAUGAAUGAAAGAAAACAAAACAAAGAUUUGAGAGGGUUGCCGUUUAUUAAAGAGCGAUUUAGAUUUUGUGUUAAAUCCAAUCCUUUAACAAAUAUUUGUGGUUGCAAAAAAAAUCAAUGUUUUAUUGAGUACAGAUGCCGUAUAUGCUUUAUUAAUUAUCAAAAAGAAUUUGAACAUAAUCAAAAUGUUGAAUACAAAUGUUUGUGUAGAUUUAAUGAACUAAAAAAUUAUAAAACAGUGACUAAAAUAAUUAAUUUUUGUGAAGUUAGUCAAACAUUUGACUGUAAACAGAAAAAUCAAGAUACAACUCAUGUUUGUGAAAUUACAAAAAAAGAAUUUCUUGAAAGAAAUGUAAAAAAAUUAUGCUAUGAUCAUCGUAUAUAUUAUUGCAGAAACCCAGUAUUAUCUAAAGAUGAAAAGACUUUAAAAAAGAUCAAAACACAAAUUAAAAAGCGAAAAGCUAAUGAUGAUGAUGGUGGUGAAAAUAGUGAAGGAUUUUUAAAGCUUCACGAUAAAAAAGUUUUAGAUAUAGAAAACUGUAGAAAUGUUGCAAUAAGCUUUGUUAGUAUGUUUACAAAUAUGUUUGCUGAUCAUCAAUUUCAUACAUUUGAAAUUCUUUUUGGAGAAAUUGAUGGCAAUAAAACAAAUAGAAAAAUAAUGCCAAUUUCUCAUUAA